AUGGAGACUAUCUACCGAUCGGAUGCCGACGUACGCAACCUUUUCCGCCUCUAUAGCAACUUUUCGUGGCUAGAUGUCCAGAAAAGACUCGAUGACGAGAGGGAGGAAUCCGAUAACACGAGGACUCCUUGGACCAAGGCCCUUGUUACUGCCGCAGCCAAGCUAUACAUUCCUCGAAAACAAUUUCUUUACGAGAUAAUGCAAUAUGCAACCCGAAACAAUCGAAUCCACAAUGAAAUCGAAAAGUUGGUAGACGAGUGUGAUUGGAGUGACGAGGGAACACAGCUCUAUUUUGGCAUGGCGGGACUUUGA